GCCGCAACCGCUGAACCGAGGCAGGGACUGCUGGAUGUACAACGGGUGUGAUAGUAGAUUGCAGUAUUUUCUGUAUGGAUUUCUCUCUUCUCUCUUUUUUCUCGUUGGGUUCGGCAUCUAUUGUAGAUGCGCGUUCCCGGACGGUCCUUUGCCUGCUGGCGGUUCCCCUUUACUUGGCAUCAUUACUCCAUACCAAGCCCCUAGAUUGGUAGCUACACAGCUUGGGUCACAGAAUUGGGCCAAAUGGAUUCUGUAUAUUCUACAAUGUUUUGGUCCUCGCUGUAAUACGAAAUCGAAUCUUAGAUGUGAGGUCAAAGACAUGUCCGCAACUGCAAAUGAUGUUGUUCAUCACCCUGCAUCUGCUCCUUCCCUGGCUUGCUCACGUCAUCAGUUCAUCUCGCACCAUGGGUUUCUUGAACUCUGGCAUGUUCCGUGACUGAAGAGUCAUUGGGCUGGGAUUUGGUCCGGCUUGCCUCUUUGGAUGGGAUCUCAAGAAGAGUGGCGGGUGGCAAUGGGGAAAGCUGAGAGAUGAUCGGGCAGGAUCGAGAUUGCAGGUGGUUUGAUGAAUACGGGUGUCUGGAACGUGGCGGGAGGAUUGGGAGUGUUUGGGGAUGGUCAGGGGAUGGGAUCUGGGGCGAGGAUUAAAUGCGGGGGUAUUAGAUGGGGAAUGAGGAUCUGGGGGAUCUGGAAACCUUAGCUUCGGAUUCGGGGGGAUGAUGAGAGUAUGAGAUGGUGAAUUUCUGGAUCACGUGUUAUUUGGAAUUCCGGGCCUUGAAGGCUUUGAUGAGGCUCGCAAUUUC